CUACAUACCCCUAAUGUAAAAAACGACGCGAACACACGACACGUUUGAGUCGAUGAACGAACAAAAAUAAAGAAACAACUAAAAAAUGCAAAAAUAUAACAAAAUACAUUGAAAUAAAUCAAAAAUAAAAAUGUGUAAAUCUUACGGCCAAAUUUGUUGAGUGAAGUGCACAUAUUUAAGUCGACUAAAAUUAGAGAUUGUGUUAUAGAACAAAAGGAAGUAAAAGAGAGCAUCUUUCAGUUUCUUUUCUUUAUUCUGUGUUGGUUGUUGUUGCUGGUGUUGUGUUAUUGGCUUGUUUUGUGUUGUAUAGAACAACAAGAGACGAGAGGAAAAUUGAGAACAAAAAAUCGGUCGUGGUGGAACGCGCAAGCAUAGACAAGAAGAAGAAGAACAAGCUGCAAACAACAGCCAACCAACCAGGCAACAACACAAAAUAAGGCAAGCAGCCAGCCAGCCAAACGAACGAACCCCAGUGAAAAAGUGUGUGUGCGACCGAACGAGCGAAAAAAUUGUCGGCAGCCUAUUAUUGGCCAGCCAAACUACUCGAUUUUAUUACCACUUCAUCUCCUAACCAGCCAACAAAAUUUCCUGGGAAAUGGCAAAUGUAAGUCAAUUGAAUGAUUUGCGAAGUUAUUCCCGCCACUGGCUGGGCGAAUUCAUUGAACAAUACCAGACCGAGGAAUGUUUGUGGCAGCCAAAACAUCCCGACUACAGCAACAACACAGUACGCAACAAGGCAUACGAUAAAUUGGUGGAAAAACUCAAGGAGGUCGAACCGAACCCAGACCGUAACAUGGUGGUGCGUAAGAUAAACUCGCUGCGUUCCGCAUUUCGUCGUGAAUAUCGGAAAAUGCACUCCAAACAAAACUAUGAGACGCGAUUGUGGUAUUACGACAAGUUGUCAUUCAUUGCCGACCAGGGGCUGAAGCGCGCGAUUACCUCUAUUGGUGGGGCCAGUGGCCCGGAUGUUAAGGUGGCCAAACGUUCGCUGACAUUGGCCUUUGAAGAUGAUGAUUCUCUGGAAUUCGAAGAUGAACAGCAUAUGGAGGCUGGCAGUGCCCAUUCGGCCUCGCAGACAGAUUUACAGCAGGAUCCCAACAUGACCACCACUAUAACAACCGUCUCCACCAGUAACGGUGAGGUAGUACCCGUCUCCAUUGUCAAGAGUGAAGAUCACAAAAUGCACCACCAUCAACAACAGCAUGUGCAACAUGAACCACCGCCGCUGCACCACCAUCAGCAGCAACAGCAACAUCACCACCAUCAUCAUCAUGCUACCGCCCAACAGUUGCACGCUCAAACCCAACCACAACAUACAACGGCCGUUAAGGUGCUCGAAAUUACAUCGCUCGACUCGAAUUCCCAACGUGAAAUCCAACAGGCCGUCAAUUCGUUGGAACAGCAACAUCAAAUCCAACAACAACUCCAGCAGCAGCAACAACAGCAGGCGAACGGUGCCGCCACAGCACAACUGACGCAACUCCAUCAGCAAGUGCCGACCAUACAAAUUGCGCGCGAACACCUGCAACCAUUGUUCGGCUCAGCCACGGCGUACACAACAACGACAACGGCUGGCGGCGGCGGUGGUGGUGUUGGCGGCAAUGGACGCAGCGAGGAUGAGUUCGAUGCGAUUGGCAUCAAUGUGGCCAGCAAGUUGCGUGUCAUGAAUACCCAUCAGCGUAUCAUAGCCGAGAAGUUGAUAAGCGAUGUCUUGUUCAAUGGCCAAUUGGAUAAUUUGAGUGUUAACUCGCAUUUGUCACAGUAGGAAAUGAAGCCGGCGGCAUUGGGAGGAACAGCAAAACAUCAACAAAAACCGCAAAAGCAGCAGCAACAACAACGAGACAAGAACAACGGCAAUAAUCGACAACAACAAGGGGUGCCAACUACACAACAACAACAGCAGCAGGAUGAUGCUGCGGCCACAACACCAACAACAACUUCCUUGUCACUCUUGGAAUGGUUUAGUCACUACUGUCUAACAUCGGGCGUUUGAAUUUUCGAGGAAUUGUAGGAAAUUUUAUUUGGAAUGAAAGAGAUUCGAAUAGGGAUUGUAAUGCGCCCGCUAAUUUAAGUUGCUUCUUUUGCAAAUUUUUGUACACCACCCAAAACACAGGAACCAGGCUUCGUAGUACUCAUCGUUGUGUCUCGCAACAAAUCUCCAACGAAUCUAUGUUAGUAAUAAAUUAUACCAUAAAUAUCAUAUAUGUAUUUCUAUAAUAUAUAGUAUAUAACAAUUUUAUAUACGUGCAUAUGUAAUUGAUGUCUCUUUACAAAUUAUUAUAUAGAUGGUAAAAAUUAAAACUUUUAACAUGAGAUAUGUCUUCACACACAAACAAAUAACGUUUUAAGAUUUUAACUUUCAAUUUAGAUUAAAGUAAGCUAUCAAUAAAUAAUAAUAAGUAUUUUGUAUAUAGAUAUUAUUAAAGAAAAACAAACAAACAUUUGUCGUAUAAAAAUGUUUUAUUUUUAAGUAGUUCGUUGUGUUCUAAACGUCAUGUUAAGUCUUCGAUAUUAAAAAAAAAAAAAAUACAAGAAUUAAUUUGUAUGCAAUAGUAAGAAAAUCUAAUUUUACAGACAUUCAACCAAGCGAUACAGGGGUCAAAGCUUGUCAUAUGAUAUCGAAAAAAAUUCGAUCCAAUUGAAUUUUAAUAUGUCAAUCUUAGUUUCAUUAAAUUGAAAAUUUCAGUAGAAACGACUAAAUAUUGAAUGAAAACAAAUUGUUUCUACCAAAUUUCACAUUUUAGCUCUUUUUCCCAACCUGCUAGUUUUGAAAAUUGCAGCUCUGGAACAGACCAUUUAUAAAUUCAAAGUUACCAUACAACAGUUCAUAUCGAUUGAUUUUUUUCGAUGGAGAAUGUAAAAAUUUGUCCCCACAUCCAACACUUUUCGAUUCAUAACCAUUUGUUAUAUAUAUAUAUAUCUUUUUCAAUUUCAAUUUCGUUCAAUAUUUUUGACAUGCAUACAUACUUAAACGAUAUUUAGCAACACAUACUUAUUUGUGUGUAUGUACUACGCACACAUAACCUUACAUUGUAUAUUGUAAUUUGUCAUAAAUCAGUAGGUUCAAUAUUAAAUAUAUGCAGAUAUUUUUUUUUAAAAUAUAAAUAUCA